GGUCAUAAUUUAUGAGGUUAAGAUCGAGUAAUUGGAUAACACAUGAAGGCUUUUAAUAUAUUUAUAUUAGUCCUUUGAAUAUCAUUCCAUCUAUUAUGCCGAUGAAUAGAGAAAAUCCGGACUUCGAUAAAGCAAAAGUUGGAAAGUUACAGUUGGAAUUAAUGCAAGUUAUCGAACAACAAAAUCGCGAAAGAGCUGCAAAACUUCUAACAAUCCGCAGAAAAAACAGAAUUACUGGCGCAAUAUUAGGUGCCACUGUCUUGGGAAUAUAUGCAUAUUCAAUGUUUGCUGUAAAACAGGAAACUUUCUUGGAUGAUUUCGAGGAACCUGCAAAAAUAAUAGAAGAAAAAAACUAGAAUGAAUCAGUUACGUUUGCCUCCUCUUCCUACUAUAAAAGAUUUAAUUAAAUUAUAUAACCUGAGAGCCUUGAAACAACUUUCUCAGAAUUUUCUGUUAGAUGAAAGAAUCACUGAUAAAAUUGUGAGAGCUGCUGGUAAUAUUAGUAACCAUGUUGUAUUAGAAGUUGGUCCAGGUCCAGGAAGCAUAUCAAGAUCAAUUUUGAAAAAACACCCUUGUAAACUAAUUCUUGUUGAAAAAGAUCAUCGAUUUUUACCAACUUUGCAGCAACUUCAAGAAGCUUGUGAAGAUAAGGUAAAAAUUGAUAUACAAAUUGGUGAUAUCAGAUCAUACGACUUUGACAUUGGUUUUAAGAACGUGCAAUCAAGUGAUUGGUUUGGUGUUCCACCUCCUAUACAUUUAAUUGGUAACUUGCCCUUUAGUGUUUCAACUAUUUUACUUGUUAAUUGGCUACAUUCAAUUUCGGAAAAACAAGCUGCUUGGAAGUAUGGCCGUACUUCAAUGACUCUAACCUUCCAAAAAGAAGUUGCAGAAAGAAUAGUAGCACCUCCUGGUCAUGAACAACGAUGCAGGUUAUCAGUUAUUUGCCAAUUAUGGUGUGAAGUUCGAAAUAAAUUUUUAAUUCCUGGAAAAGCUUUUCUUCCUAAACCAGAUGUUGAUGUAGGAGUUGUAACUUUGAAACCUCUUAAGUAUCCUCUAACAGAUGUUCCUUUCAAAAUGGCUGAAAAGAUUUUGAGAAAUAUUUUCAAUAUGCGUCAAAAAUACUCAUUCAAGGGUGCUUCCAGAUUGUUUCCUGAAGAUAUAAGAGAUGAAUUAGUUUCAAGAAUGUAUUACGUAGCUGAUUUGGAUCCACAUAUAAGACCUUUCCAGAUAACAAAUGAGGAGUAUUGCAGACUAUUUUACGCCUAUAAAAUUAUCAGUGAAGAUCAUCCAGAAAUACUAGAAUAUGAUUCAAGAGCUCCAAAGAAAAACGUUUUGAAGAAUAUUGUUUGAAAUAUAGAUUUAAGUUAAA